CUCCGCUACGUGCGCGCGCCGCCGCGCCGCGACAUGCGCUGCCAGUGGCUCGACCCCGAGCAGCCUCCUCCGCGCAAGCUGUGCAACAAACUGUUCUCGAGCAUGCACGAGAUCGUGACGCAUCUCACCGUGGAACACGUCGGCGGACCCGAGUGCACGACGCACGCGUGCUUCUGGCAGGGCUGCUCGCGGAACGGAAGGCCGUUCAAGGCGAAAUACAAAUUAGUGAAUCAUAUACGCGUGCAUACAGGAGAAAAACCGUUUCCCUGCCCGUUCCCUGGAUGCGGCAAGGUGUUUGCGAGAUCAGAAAACCUCAAAAUCCACAAGAGAACGCAUACCGGUGAAAAGCCGUUCAAGUGUGAAUACGCCGGCUGCGAUCGAAGAUUCGCGAACUCGUCGGAUAGGAAGAAACACUCGCAUGUGCACACCUCCGACAAACCUUACAACUGCCGCGUGCACGGCUGCGACAAGUCGUAUACGCACCCGUCCUCGCUGCGCAAGCACAUGAAGGUGCACGGCGCCGCGGGCGACGCCUCACCGCGAUACGACAGUGACGGCGACGAUUCCUCCUCCGCAGGCAGCGUUAGCGUCACCGCCGGUGCCGCCAGCCCUCUCGCGCCCCUCCCUCCUCCACCCCCAGCCCCCGUACCCCCUCAUCCCCACCACCCGCACCACCACCCCACUAUAACAGACAAACUAGAAAGCCUCAACGACAAAUACCUCAACCCCCACGACCAAAAACCUUACGAAAGACCACCAGCCCCCCCUCAUCAACACCAUCAACCGCAUCUCACCAAUAUCGGGGGUAACGGUGUCAUGGACAAUAAACUAGGUUUCGGUGGCCACUGGACGCAGUUCCAGCAACCGGCCCCGACCGUGCCCCACGGAGUGCCUGACUGGUGGUGUCCUACGCAGGAGUCCUACCACCACCAUCAUUUGAUGCACCACUCUGGUGCAGCUGCUGCGUACUGACCGCAUCGCGCUUAGGGAACUCUUCAUUCGACGGCUAGACACCGAACGCUUCUAUGUAGCUAAAAUAGAAAAAUCUAAUAAAUUACUUAUUAUUUUUCAAUGUUUCUGUAAGAAAUAAAAUCUGGUUAAAAUAGAAGAUCUCACGUUGCCGACGUGGAAUGAAAAGUUCGCUAAAGCGCAUCCAGUGUUUAGUGCUACUGAAAGUGCAUACGCUUAUUUAUGAAUACUAAAUAGUCCGUACAAAUCCGACCAUUCUAAAGUUCCAGACAACAACCGUCCUAAAGUUUUAAUUAAUGUGUCCCAGACUCUAUCUCUAAAUAAAUUAUUUGGAAGUUGUAACAAUGUAGUCGUGACAAUAGAUGGUCGUACUGUUGUUUGCGCUAAGACAACGAGAUUAGAGACAAUGACCACUAGUUGAAUGUUUUACAGCGUGUUGUAUAUUUCCGUAAACAAAGUCUCGCAAGAUGCCCCUUAAUUUGGUGAGUUUCUGGGUAUUGUCCGUUAGGAUCUUGGGAGCCUUUGUGAUGGAACACGCUACAAUGUACAGCGUAGAUUUUUGUCAACAGUUUUGUUGACAGUGAUUUAUUGCAGCCUUUAUUUAGAGUAAGCAGUGAUGUACAAACAAUAUUAUUAUAAAAAAAACUAUCGAGAAAACAAAAUAGUGGAGGCAACAAAAGAAUCAUAUUUAAUUUAUACAUCAAAACACGUAUAAUAAACACUACAUUGUCUUCGCUUAAUAACUAGCAAAAUAUUUGAAACGAAGCCUUGUCUUGUAACAUAAAUUUAUUAAUGAUCAGCAUGGCCAAAGCACCGAAGUCUAAUAAAACUACGAUUUAUAGGUUGUAAAAUUGUGUAAAGUAACUUUAAGAUAGGUAACGUCUCGUGUAAAAAUAAUAAAUUAUAAAUACCCAGUGAUAAUAGAAUAAGGGAUUGAUUUUAUUGUAAAUUACUCGCGUAGUUGCUAUAUUAUUGUGCUACUAUUCCUGAACUAUAUGAAUAUGUAUGUAUUUCAUAGUAUACUAUUUUUUCACGGACCGACAUUUUAGAUAAAUAAAUAAAGUUGAACCUAUGUCUAUAAAAAUAUAAAUAAAUGACUGAAAGAGCACGAUGUAUUUUAAGUUAUUUUAAGAAGAAAUUGUUGUCUUUUCUACAGCCCUGUAAAUAGCGAGA